CGGGAUUGAUGUACUAUUCAACUGUAAUCACUGAAAGUGAGGAAUCCCAUUAUAGCCCUGUGCACUAAACUCACCAGACAUCGAAAGCCACCUUGACCUUGUCCAUCCCAAUCUCGUCUCGCGCAAGGGACCAGCAAACAUGUCAAGUCCGCUACCUGACAUGUCAUGUUGACUUGCACUGAUUCCUUUGUACAUGGUGACUGGUCCGACUUCGCAUAUACAUGUACUUGGAUGUACAUAGGUACAUACACACAUGCACAAAUCCAACGUGCCUUGUUUCCAAACUUCUGAAAUUCUUCAGCAGCGAGGCCCGGCUCCCAGGACCGCAGCCCCGGGCACACCCACGCCACGCCACCCGGGCCAAGGACCUCGAAUCUCGUCCUCCCUCGUAAUCCAUCCGUGCAGCACGAAUAGGUACUCGUACAUACUCGUACAUGUUUCUAUAGACGCAGCUGACUCGACUCGGCUUAGACCAACUGCAGCGGAUUGUCUCCGUGUGUGGGCUGACGCGUUGCCUGAGAGGCUGCUUGAUUCGCUGCCCUCAGUGCUGCUUCUCGUCUUGUCUUUGUCUAGCCUCGGCCAUCAGCCCAGGGCGAAUCACCUCACAGCCUCGCCCGAAAAAAACCAAAAAGUUGCAAAGAGACCCAGAUGGAACCAGGCCAAGUCUGAUUGGAUUGGGCACCUCGCCCUCGCCUGGGGGACUACAUAGCUAGCGGCCUGCCGAAACUCGCUGCCAAUUUACCGUUUCGACGUCGCGUCCU